AUGUCUCUUGUGCCGAUGUCAACGCAUCCUUCCUUCUGUCCCAGAGCCGACCCUCUGGGCAUCCCUGCCAUCCGUCCAAUGGUUGAUUUUUCUGGUCGUGGAGUGGGCAAUGCCAUGACCCCGCUGCCCCCCUUGGAUUUGCCGACACCUGUCAUGGGAAUGCACAAGAAUGAAACCCCCCGUUUUGUUCCAUCGGGGGGGCUCCCGGAGAAUGCCCCCGCUGUCUGGAGGAGCAGCGCCCCGGCUCUGAUGCAGCCCCCUGUGUGGGGGGGCAACACCCCCGCUCUCAUGCAGCCCGCUCUCAUGCAGCCCCCUGUGUGGGGGGGCAACGCCCCCGCUCUCAUGCAGCCCGCUCUCAUGCAGCCCCUGGGCCUCCCGGAGAAUGCCCCCGCUCUGAUUCAGCCCGUGGGGCUCCCAGGCAAUGCCCCCGCUGUCUGGAGGAGCAACGCCCCCGCUCUCAUGCAGCCCCUGGGGCUCCCGGAGAAUGCCCCCGCUCUGAUUCAGCCCGUGGGGCUCCCAGGCAAUGCCCCCGCUGUCUGGAGGAGCAAUGCCCCCGCUCUCAUGCAGCCCCCUCUGAUGCAGCCCCCUCUGGUGCAGCCCGCUUUUGACGCUGGAUUAGUAACGGAUCCCUUGCAGGCAGCGUUUGACCCGUUGAAUAUUGCUGACGCAUCCUCCGAAUCCUCCACAUCCUCCGAGUCCUCCACAUCCUCCGAGUCCUCCGCAUCCUCCGAGUCCUCCGAGCAUUCCGAUGCUUCUGAUGGAGAACCAAGUGAUGCGCUCCCAACCAAGAGAAGACGUAAACGGAGUCAAAGGGAUGUUUUGAAUCCGGGCGGAAAUCUGAGUCAGGCCAAUCAGAAGCGGGACACGAAUGACUUGAACUUGUUGAAGAAAGUCCUCAAUAGCCAGGAUGUCAAUGAAAUGGAGGAAAUCUCAAUCAGAGCAAAAACCAUACUCAGUCUUUUGAGGGAAUACGUCAGAAGAGGCGAAGAUGGCAGCGGGAGGAGGGCUGUAGAUUACGUCAAAGCGCUCAUGUUGGGGAAGAAAGGGGAGGGCUUUGACUCGCUCUUCAUUUACGCCCUUGUGGGCGUCUUUGUGUUUCGAUGCAUGCUUGAGGAGAGUCAAAUCUUCCCCGGGACGAGUAUUUGCAGCGGGAUAGGGAAACGUAACGCUUUGGAGGUCUUGAAAUUGAUCGAGGAAAACCCGGUUUUCGUUUGGGGUCACGAGACUAAGUUCAAGAGUCUUCUAGAGUUGACCAGAGACCUUGCCCAAGUCAUUAGUGAUCUGUUGAAGUUCCGUCUCCCGGCGGUGGACGGGGAUGUUGUCGAGGCCAAGAAGCAGUCUAGAAAACUGGUGGAAGCUAAGGAGAAGGAUUGGGAGAUCCAAAUGUUAUCCAUGAAGCAUUCCAUAGAAAAGCUUGCUUUGAGGAGCGGAAAGGGAGUCAUGCAAUGGAAUCGCUGGAACUAUUCUGUGCCGGGGCAUAUGAACAUCCCUGUCUGGAGGUGA